ACUCAAUUUAAUCUUAUAAUAAUAAUAAUAAUUUAUUAAAUAUAUAUGGCAACUAGAAGCAGCAGGAAGAAAUCCCUGGGAGGUGGAGAUGGAUCUCCUUCUGAAAAUGGUGAUUCUAAUUGGCUACCUGAUGGAUGGAAGGUGGAAUUCAAGGCCCGAAAAAGUGGUUACAAUAAAGGAAAGAGAUACAAGUGCUACGUUGAUUUCCAUGGACACAAGUGUUAUUCUAAGUCGCAAGUGUUGGCUUAUCUUGACAAGAUUCGCACUGAUAAUAAUGCCUUUAUACGGAUACCUGAUGAAGCUAAGCGUGACUGCAUAAAAUUUAUGGCGCGGUAUCAAGAAUGGGGGAUGAGAAUAUCUAAGAGAAGAGAGCAAAGUUCUGAAAAAGUUAUAGUACGUAAGAUUAUCAAGGUACUAAACUAUCAUGAGAUAUGUGUGGAAUCGGAAAUGCCGGACAAUGACUGGCCGGAUUGGCUACCUGAUGACUGGGUUUAUAGUAUCUUUAAGGCCGGUGGAAAAAAAACCAAAUGUUACUCGACUCAAGGAGCACCCUCGUUUAGGUAUAGAUAUCAAGUGUUGGCUUAUCUUGAGAAGAUUGGUAGGAAAGAAGCUCAUGAGAACACUGAUGAUGCCAAUAGAUCAACUUUAGACUUGUCGAUGGAGCCAGAAAAUGAAGUUAUUGGAUCUUCACCUGGAGAACCGCCUGCGAAACUGGCAACUAGAAAUAGCAAGAGGAAAUCCCUGGCGAUGCAGGGAGCCGAAGGUGUUUCAGCCAGAGAAUCUGGAAGUAGCAGUGUGAAAGAAUCUGUAUAA